CUUUUAAGGGUGAGUCUCAUUGUAGCGGAGGCCAGGUGGUGUACUGCUGUUGUUGUAGUUGUAUCACACAAGUUAUUCUGCGGAUAAAAAUCAACGGAGCGGCUUUGUGAUUUUUUGAGAGAGAAGAUUUUUAUGAAAGGAGAACUUGUUCAUUCCUGAUAUUCUUCCAUCUAUUUGCACCAAGGAAAAGAGGGAAAAAUGGCACCUGUCUAUGACUUCAGACAUGUCGAACUGGAUAAGAUAGGCCGUGGAAAGAGAAUUGUCAAGCCUCCUGGCGGUGAAUGCAGCGAUAUUUUCGGAGUGCAAAACGGAGUUGCACCUCUUAGCCCAGAUCAAUUGACUCCCAGGAAAGCGAACAACUACAUGCAGUCGACUAUAUUCAGUCCCGAUUCGCCGGAUUCGUCCUACCACUCAAAUUAUUCUACUCCUGCCACGACCCCGUCCAAGUUGUUACCCACAGCUGAGAGGCUAUUUGGAUCUUCAGAAGACCACACUCCUAGGAAAAUAGUCAAUAGGCAAAGGUCAUCCAUUUUUGAAGAAGAGGUAUCUCCCAAAACACCCACCCCGAAAUCUGCAAAUACUCGUCGUCCAAUGAUCAACCCAAUAACAGGAGCUCCUGUUUCUCAAAAUGGCACUUCCAAUGGAUCUCAUAAUGGUACUAAUGGGACUCCUAAUGGUACUCCUAAUGGCACCCCUAAUGGUACUCCUAAUGGUACCGCCAAUGGAUCUGUAAAUGGCUACUCUAAUGGAACGUGUAAUGGACAUUCUACACCAGAGAGCCCUAAGAGCCUAAAUGGAACACCUCGUUCCCGUAUUCCGCCCGGUGGUAAAUCAUCUGGAAUCUUCUAGAAUGCAUGUGCAGACCCUGUCGAUAAUCGACAGUAAAUCUUAUUUUUGUUUUUAUUUUUCCCCUCUCUUAUGUCUUCCAUUGAUUGGAUGAGCAAAUUAAUGAUUAAUCUGGUGGCAACUGGGAAAAGGCAUGAGAAAAAUGUUCUGUUUUAAAAUCAUACGAAUGAUGCCAUAAUUAUUUUUCAAAACAGCGUGUAUAGUGUUUAUUAUAUUGUACAAUAUUAUAAAUGAAAAUAUAUUACUGAAAUCACUGAUUCAACUAACCCUUACUUAUGAGAAAUGUGAAGGCACUCUAUUUGCUUAGGCCUCAACUUCUAUAAUCAUAUGGGGUGUAAGCAUGAACUAAUAAAAUAUUUUUAAAAAAUUUACGCAUUAUAUCUUAAACUAAUUAAUAUUGUAGAAUUAUCAUGUAUAGUGAAUACAAAUAGGUAUAGGGCUGACUGUUACUUGGAAAAAUAGUAUAACUUAAUAGGAGAACUAUUUUAUUUCUAGCUUGUUUUUCCAGAAGACUUUCGCGAUUUAUUAACAGUUUUAAUGUAUACAUUAUUUGUGAACUUUUUUUUCGAAUUACUGAUAUUAUAUCUGUUAACAAGUCGUGAUAGGCACAUAUAUUUUACUUUUCCCAAAACUAAACUAGAAAUAAAAUGGCUUUGCUGCCAAUUUCUUUCUUUUUUUUCCGGAUCAUAAUCAGCACUGUUGGUAGUUUUAUCAACUUCUAAGCAUAGAUACACACUGCAAUCUCAGACUUAAAUUUAAAGCAAUAGAAGGCUUCUUUUUUUGCUGAAGAAAUGUAAAGAUCUAAUGAUUUGUGGAACAAUUUCUAAUCAUUCCAUUUUUGCUUGUUUUUUACAUUUAUUCUUCGCUAAUUUAAAUGAAAAACUUGAGCCAAAUAUUCUUAAGUAAUCCUACAUGUAUGAAACGAUCAAAAUCAUAUUUAAGUGAUAAGUUAUUUUACUUUGUAAUGAGCUUUUUUUAAAAACAAACAAACCAAAUCGAAUCAAAACCGGUGAUAGAUAUUUUUUUAUAUACAUAUUCCACAGCUAAAAAAUUAAAGCAACAUAUUCAGCAAAACUGUCAUGAUUGCACAAAAAUGGCUGGUCCAUUAAAUUAUGUGCCCCCCUAAAUUAAAUUCCAAAACCUGUAUUUGCUCAAAUUUCUUUUUUACCCAAAUGCCAAGACUGAACUGACUCAAUCUUUAUGUCCCAUUCUUUCCGCUUUAACCUGAACUACUAAACAUUUAUUUUGAAAUUUAUAUUAAUCGUUUGAUUUAGUAAAAGCCACCAGUGUACUUUGUGAUAUUACAGUUUAUAAAAGCUGUAACACGUUUUUGUGUUAUACAUGCACUUUUACGAAGCUUAGCAAAACUUUCUUUUUUUUUGCUUUUUGUUUUACAUUUGUAUGGACCUUUAUCGUUUUGUAUAUUUGUAUACAAAUGGCAGCCUUCCAGUAUUUACUCUUUUAUUCUUUUGCUUUUUCGUAUUAAGACAAAUAUAUACUGCAGACGUUUUUCUGUUUACGAUUUUAUGCUUAUUAAAGAAUGCAUUUUUGAGUGAUGAUCUUUACUUAACAACAAUCAAUAUAUAGCAUAGUUAGCUUGUUUUGUUUUCUGUCUUGUGUUUUGUUAUUAGUUCCUAAAUAUUAUUGUUUGUAUUAGCUGUAACUGUAUGGAAAUCGCUUUCAGACAGUUUUAUGUAGUAGAUGUUUGUAGUCUACCAAUUCUACGAAAUGUAAUAUUGUGUUGAAUAUUGAAUUGUGUAAGUAAUGCACGUUUGCAGCGAAUUUGUGGGUCUUUUUUAUGAUGUAACCAGGCUUUUUUUUAAUUUUUUGAAUAAAUAUUUUACAAUAAAAUA